AUGGAGCUCAUCUCGACUCACUUCUACGAUGAUACUCGUGUUUUCCGAGUAGAGCCCGGCUUUGUUGUGCAGUUCGGCAUCAGUGGCAGUCCUGGUGUGGGCUCUAAGUGGCUCGGGAUGCCCCUCAUGGACGAGCCUGUUCGGGCCUCUAACGUUAGAGGGAGUAUAAGUUUCGCGAAGUCCGAUAACCCGAAUUCGAGGAGUACUCAAGUUUUUAUCAACACUGGAGAUAAUACAGCUUUAGACAGGCAAAACUUUGCGCCUAUUGGAACCGUCAUUCAGGGCAUGGACAUCGUCGAUCGGUUCAAUCGACAUCGUCCUGGUUCCGGGAAGCCGGCGCAGGAGCGCAUUAUGAGAGAGGGCAACGCCUAUCUUGAUGCUGAGUAUCCUGAGCUGAGCAGACUAGAGCGGUGCUGGCUGUUGGAGCCACCGAACAUGCUACCAGGAUGGGCUUGGGAAAAUCCGUAG